AUGUCGUCAACAUUACGAGCCUCUCACUUGGCUUCCUUCCAACAUGCCAUCGGGGAUCAGCCGUCAAUAUUCGAUAUCCUUUCGCAAGAAAGCCUUAUGACGUCGCUAAAACCAGCUAUGGGACAUUUGAUCAAGUUUCUGGCAAUGGUGUAUUCUCAACGCUUCCAAACAGCACACCGCUACUAUGAUGAACUUUAUAUGCUUUUUGAUCUCAUUCUACAGAAUCAAUACCUCAAAAAGUAUGGUGCAUCUUUUUCGGAAAACUUUUAUGGCAUGAAGCGAGUUUAUCUGGCAACAGGAAAGUCACCAAGUGACUUCAGGUCGCGUGUUCGCAAUCUGAUGUUACUAGUACUGUGGCCGUACGUUUCGAGGAUAAAUUUGAUAAAUGGCAUGCAGACUGGACCGAACGGAUGCGGAUCUGCGAUUAAGACUGGCAAAGAUUUUCCUCACAGUUUGGCCAUGGGUGAAAAGGCUGCUGACACUUGCAACGACUAUACUUCACUUGGG